AUGUACAGAUGGGAUGUCUUUCAACAUGGUCUGAGGUCUGGUCCAGACUCUCCCUGUUUUGGACAUAGAGUUAGGAAUAAGGAUGGUACACUUGGUGACUAUGUAUUCAAGACUUACAAAGAGAUUGAGGCAAUGGUUCAGCAGGUUGGAAGUGGUGUCUUGGGUUUGGCCAAGUUUGAUGAUUCUGUGGUAGAGGCUCCCGGACCGGUAUCUGCCAAGCUAUUGGGUGUUUAUUCGCCAAAUACCAUCGAAUGGCUGGUAACUGAGCAAGUUUGCAAUGCAUUUGGACUUACCUUAGUUCCUCUCUAUGAUACUCUCGGAGAAGAAUCCACAAUUCAUGUCUUAGAAAACUCUGGACUUAACGCAAUCGUCUGCGAUUCUUCGUGUUUGGCAAAAUUGGUCAAGGUUCUUCCAAAAUGCUCCAAGUUAACUAUUAAUCUGGUAGUUGUCUCUGGAGUUGAUACUAUUCCAGAGUUUGCGAGCACUGCUGGCUUUCCUACUAUCAAGUUCCGCACAUGGGAUGAUAUCUUGCGUUACGGAUCAGAUCAUUUGCUAGAUUUUACACCUGCUAAACCAGACCAGAUAAACACCAUUUCGUACACUUCUGGUACAUCUGGAAUUCCAAAGGGUGUUGUUAUUACACAGUCACAUAUGGCAACUCUGACUGUUGUAGUAAAUAAGUGCUUCUUUAACGUGCCAAAAAUUGGUGUUAGCGUUCCAACUUGCUAUUUGAGCUACUUACCACUGGCACACAUGUACGAACGCUUGUACAUCAGCGAGUGUAUCUUUGUUAAUGCUCGUAUUGGAAUGUUCAGCGGUGAUAUUCGCAAGAUUUUGGAUGAUCUAAAGUGCUUGAAACCCACCGUUUUCCCAAGUGUUCCUCGUUUAUUUAUAAGAAUACACGACAAGGUAUUUUCAACCUUGAGCCAAAAGGCGUGGUUAGCUCGUACUCUCUUCAGUAAGGCUCUAAAUUCCAAAUUGAAGAAACUCAAAAGGAGUGGAGACGUUCACCAUGCCAUUUGGGACAAAAUUAUAUUCAAAAAGUUCAAGACUCUAUUCGGAGGAGAAGUUGCCUGGAUGAUGACAGGAUCUGCACCCCUACCACCAGCAAUCUACGACAGAAUUAGAACAAUUUUCUCUACACCCCUCCUUGUGGGAUAUGCUUUGACCGAAACUGGAGCUGCUGGUUUCCAUAAUUUCUAUGAUGAAACUGACCCAUCCCAUGUUGGUGGUCCAAUUGGUACCAUAGAGUUCAAAUUGAGGUCUUUGCCUGAAUUCGAAUAUUAUGUUACUGACAAGAACCCAAGGGGAGAGCUUAUGCUCCGUGGAACUACCCUGACUCCUUGCUACUUCCGCAAUGAAAAGGCAAAUAAGGAAGGCUUCCAGGAUGGAUGGUUCUUGACUGGUGACAUUGCCGAAUUGUUACCAAAUGGCGCCAUUAGGAUCAUUGAUAGAAGGAAGAAUCUCUUCAAGCUUGUUCAAGGAGAAUACAUUUCACCUGAAAAGUUGGAGUCUGUACUCGUGAGCUGCCCACUAAUUUGCCAGGCAUUUGUAACUGGAAGAUCACACGAGGUCUACCCUGUUGCUAUUGUUGUACCUGACGAAAUAGAGCUUGAACUCUGGGCCAAGAAGAACGAUGCUACACAUCUCACAACCAGGGAAAUCUGCCAACUUCCCAAGCUCAAAGAAGACAUUUUCCAGCAAAUAACUGCUGCAUUCGAAUCGUCGGAUUUGAAGGGCUACGAGAAGUGCAAGCAGUUUUAUGUUGAAUGGGAGAUGUUUUCCAUUGAAAAUGACAUGCUGACGACGACGAACAAGCUACGCAGAAAUGUUGCCAACAAGAAAUAUGACGAAGUUGUGACUCAGCUUUAUGCCGCAGAUAAGAAAUAA